AUGUCCUUUAACGUAACUACUACUGAAUUCAAAUUGUCCAGAUUAAAAGAACUUUUCCCCAUAGCAGAUCAGGAGUACCUAUUGGAUAUUUUAAUUGAUUGCGAUGGUUCUUUGGAAAAUGCCAUAUUAUUGUUAGACCCUACUCAUGAUAUCUGUGGGAUAACAAAUAACGAAAAAACGAAAAGGCGGCAUAAUCAAAUGUCGCUAACAGAAUAUAUAACUAAUGUAACUCAUUUCAAAGAUUACGAUAAUAAACGGCUCAAACUAACCGAUGUUUAUGGAUCCGGUAGCAUUUUCACCGCAACCAAAAACCCAAUAUUUUUAUAUACCAAGCAAGAUAUAGAAAGUACUAUCAAAUAUUGCUCCUACCAUACCAAUGUUUUACCUCUGGAACUGGCUAAUAGACUAUUGACUAACUUGAUGGACGACAAAGAUGCAAAGCCAAAUGAAUUUUAUUUAUUUGGGAAAGAUAAAAAAUGCAUUUCAAAUCACAGAACUAAAGUGUACGUUAAAGAUGAGGAGCAUCUGGAUAAACUGGACUAUAGUAUAGGGCAAGAGAUUUCAAAAGAGAAAUAUUCGGAAUACAAUUUUAAUGAGGAUUUAUCUUUGGCACAAUCCUUGAUUGAGAAAAUUGUAAGAAAAGCAGCCCAAGAGAUGGGGAUGUUAAAAUAUCAAUUGGCUCCCAACGAAUGGUCUCCAAAAGCUAUUGUUUUAAAUAUUUAUGAGAAAAAAGAGGAUCAUUUAGAUUGGCACAGCGAUAGAUUAACUUAUAUAGGGCCACACUGUACAAUAGCUUCGUUAACAUUAGGUUUUUCGAGAGAAUUUAGGAUUAGGAAAAUUUAUAAUGGCUUUUAUGGAAAAGAGGAUACCCCUACGCAAAUAUAUAUUACCAAACCUGUUCACAAUUCAUUGUUUAUAAUGCAUUCUGGUUUUCAGGAAGAAUAUAAACAUUGUGUCAAUAAAAUACCAGAGAAAACAUUUAGAAAAAUGGCUAAAGAUGAAUUACAUCCUAUAUCUGGUAUAAAAAGAGUCAAUUUAACGUAUAGACAUAUUAGAUAUGAUAGUGAUCAAGUACCCACUUUGAUAAUUGAUACACAAAACUCAGUAAUAUUUAAGGGUUAUAACACAAACAUACACUUCUAUAUAUAUAUAAAUUCAAAUAUUUCUGAAAAAAAGAUUGAAGAACAAGUUACUGCUACACCAUCUUCCGCUAUCUUAGACAACAGAUUGGAUGUUGUUUUAUCUAAUGCAGUUUUGAAAAUAGGUAUAGGCUUUGCUGACGGUGUAAUUGCAUCUGUUUUAUUCUUUAAACGUCGUGCUUCCCCAGUAUGGGUAGGAAUUGGCUUUGGUUUAGGUACAAGUUAUUUUGAAGGAGCCGCUAUUUUACAUUCAUCAGCUGGUUUGCGUUCUGAUAAGGUUUAA